AGGAGCUCCAGGCGCUGCCCGCCGGGUUCAGCGGCAAGUUCCGAGUCCACGUGCCGAAGCCCUACCCGGGCGUGCAGUACAGAAGGUCCAUGCGCCUCGAGGACAAGGGCUCGAAGAUUGCAGCCGACGGGGAGACCGUGGGCGGGGUGGUCGAGGAGGGGGGCAAGUGGCUGCGCGUCACCAGCGACGGUGGCGGUCCCACUCUCUUCCUGCCGACAAGGAUCGAAAUCGCUGGGAAGAACAUCCAUAUCCUCAAGCGGAUCCCGGCAAAUAAGGAUUCUUUGGAACACCCGACUAAGAAGAAGGCGGGCCGGCACGGCAAGGGCUCGCCAGAGCAUUCAGGCCAAGGCGCCGCUGGGGCCGCCGUGCCCUGGUGGACCUGCUGCGUCAGCAAGGACAUGCUCGAGAACUGCGAGGUCGUCGUGGACCGCGGCAGCGACGUUACAGGCACAUCCCCGAUUCUGUCGACCAGCGGCGAGGCCGCCCGCGUGGGGCGCGGAGGAGAGGACGAUCGCGGCCCGCGCGCACCUCGCCGCGGAGGCAGGUUGAGGCCCGCGGCCUCUCCGAGAGGCCCCGCGGCCGCGGAGGCGGCUGGGCUCUGCCCCCGUGGCGCGACUGGUCGUGCGAAGCUUGAGGCCGGCGGCUCUUCGCCGGUCGCGCGCCGCGGCGCCGGCCUCGCCGCGGGGCCGCGGCUGGGCGGCGAGCGGCCGGGAGGAGGCUAGCCGGCGGCCCCCGCAGCCCCCCCCACCCGGGCCUGCCGCGGGCCGCCGAGAGCGGGCAGCGCCGCCGCGCUCCCCCCGCCCGCCGGGGGUGGCGGGGGCGCGGGCCCCGACCCGGGAGGGAGGAGCUGCCAGUGGUCCCAGCCGAGGCCUGGGACACCCCGCCCAUGGGGCGACCGGGAAGGCCGAAGUCGGGGCCCGCGCCUCCGACCGCGCCUCCCGAGGGCCUGCCGCGCCGGUCGCCUGCGACUCGAAUUCGGGCGCCGGGCAGUACGCCCGGUGCCCGUGUGCCAGCCUUAGCGAUCUCCUUCUCUAUCUGUCUGUCUCUCCUUGCCAUUCGUCUGUGUGCGAAUUUCCCCACGUCCUUUCUCUGUCCUCCGUAGAACAGCUGCGUGCUGUGUCCGACUGAGUCGCGCCCUGGACGGAGAA